ACCUCACCUGUCUGCUAUGAUUAUUUAGAGGCAACUAAUUAACUGAUGACAGUAUCUUCAGCAUCAAAAGGUUGCAAUUUGUAUUAACAUUGGAUUGUUUAAUUUCUCUGAGGAGGUCAUUAAAAAGGAUAUUGCCUAAAGAACACAGCAAUGAAGUGGAGAAUUAUACUUGGUCUUCUGUGUCUAAUCGUAACUCAGAAUGGGACUUCAAAUGCAGCAGCCUCUAGCAACAGCACAACUGCAUCUCCUAAAAACAUCAAAAUCACAACUGCAUCUCCUAAUAGCAGCAACAGCACAACUGCAUCUCCUAAAAAUAUCAAAAUCACAACUGUAUCUCCUAGUAGCACCAACAGCACAACUCCAUCUCCUAAAAACAUCAAAAUCACAACUGCAUCUCCUAAUAGCACCAACAGCACAACUGCAUCUCCUAAAAGCACCAACAGCACAACUGCAUCUCCAAAUAGCACCAACAGCACAACUGCAUCUCCUAAUAGCACCAGCAGCACAACUGCAUCUCCUAAUAGCACCAACAGCACAACUCCAUCUCUUAAUAGCACCAACAGCACAACUCCAUCUCUUAAUAGCACCAACAGCACAACUGCAUCUCCUAAAAGCACCAACAGCACAACUGCAUCUCCAAAUAGCACCAACAGCACAACUGCAUCUCCUAAUAGCACCAACAGCACAACUCCAUCUCUUAAUAGCACCAACAGCACAACUCCAUCUCUUAAUAGCACCAAUAGCACAACUGCAUCUCCUAAUAGCACCAACAGCACAACUGCAUCUCCUAAUAGCACCAACAGCACAACUCCAUCUCUUAAUAGCACCAACAGCACAACUCCAUCUCUUAAUAGCACCAACAGCACAACUGCAUCUCCUAAUAGCACCAACAGCACAACUGCAUCUCCUAAUAGCACCAACAGAACAACUCCAUCUCCUAAUAGCACCAACAGCACAACUGCAUCUCCUAAUAGCACCAACAGCACAACUCCAUCUCCUAAUAGCACCAACAGCACAACUCCAUCUCCUAAAAACUUCAAAUUCACAACUGCAUCUCCGAAUAGCACCAACAGCACAACUGCAUCUCCAAAUAGCAUCCACAGCACAACUGCAUCUCCAAAUAGCACCAACAGAACAACUCCAUCUCUUAAUAGCACCAACAGCACAACUGCAUCUCUUAAUAGCACCAACAGCACAACUGCAUCUCUUAAUAGCACCAACAGAACAACUCCAUCUCUUAAUAGCACCAACAGCACAACUGCAUCUCCUAAUAGCACCAACAGCACAACUGCAUCUCCUAAUAGCACCAACAGAACAACUCCAUCUCUUAAUAGCACCAACAGAACAACUCCAUCUCUUAAUAGCACCAACAGCACAACUGCAUCUCCUAAUAGCACCAACAGCACAACUGCAUCUCUUAAUAGCACCAACAGCACAACUGCAUCUCCUAAUAGCACCAACAGCACAACUCCAUCUCCUAAUAGCACCAACAGCACAACUGCAUCUACUAUUAUCAUCAGCGUCACAACUGCACCUCCAAGCAGCGCCAGUGCCACAACAGCAUCUGUUUCACAGUUUAAUGUAACUUUCAGCAUUAAUCAAACAUUCCAGGAUGUCUACUCCGAUAUGAACAAUGCUGAAACCAUAAAGCUGAAAGAAAGAAUCACCUUUGAGAUUUUACUAGUUUACAGGAGACGUUUUGUGACCUUCUUUCGUAUGUUUAUUCGGCAAUUCAGGAGUGGCUCCAUUGUGACAGAUGGUAACCUUGAAUUUAACAACAGUGGCACUAUUCCUACUGUGACAGAAGUGAGGGACACCUUCGUUCAGGCAGUUAAAGAUGGAAAUUUCAGCUUCCCAGUUGAUGUGAAUUCCAUCCAUGUUACAGCUUCCAGGUCUCCAGUCUUGGCUAGUAUGCUCACAGUGUUGUGGAUGACCCUCGCAUCACUUCUGUUGUCAGCUGUAAUGCACCUCUGAGCAUCACAUUAAUUUAAGCAAACAAACAAAAUCACACUACGGAAAAGUAUCUGUAGAAUAUGAUCGUGUAAUCUUUGAUCUUUUAGUUUGCAUUCAGAAUCAACAAAUCACAAAGAACUUUUGUUGUAGCAUUUGCUAUUCUUUCUUGCCACAUGCAGAGCCAAGUAAUAUGUGUGGCAUGUCUGAUUUGUUGUAUUUUGGUAUCUGCUUUACAAAAAGUACAUCAUGCAUAUACAUGUGAGUGCACACGUACACUGAGCUGGAGAAAUAAUGAGGAUUUUUGUCAACUAAACCAAAUCUGAAAGUUCCUCCAUGCCAUAUUAUUGGUACAAAUAAAUAUUAUAUACAAAUGGGUGUUAUACUACAAUUUAGAACAGGCUUUGUUUUUCCAGGUUGAAAAUGGAUUUGAAAAACAUGAUAUACUGUAUAUUUAUUGCUUUUUUUAAGUCAAUGUGAAACCAAAAUGGACCCUACUUCCCAAUCAGUGUUGGGUGUAAUGUAUUACUAAGUAAUUAAUUACUGUAAAUUACUUUUUCAUUGAAAAAAAAGUAAAGUAAGGGAUUACUCUUAUUUUUUCAGUAAUUUAACUACAGUUACUUCUGAUGUAAUUGCGUUAAAUACUGUAUAGACACUAGAACAAUUCUAGAUAAAACAAUAGUGAAUUUGAAAUGUUAAAAUGUAUGUUUUCUAAUUUAAUGUAGCCCCCUUAAAUUCUUUGGCCAGUUCAUGAAUAAUUUAUUUGAUUUUAUAUGAUUUAUUUGAAAGAAUAAAAAGAACAGUUUCAUGCCUUAUAUUUUCCAUCUAGUCGAGGUUGAUAAGGGUUUUAGAAAGUAAUUACUGGGGGCCUGGGUUGCUCAGUGAGUAUUGACACUACCACCCCUGGAGUCGCAAGUUCGAAUCCAGGGUGUGCUGAGUGACUCCAGCCAGGUCUCCUAAGCAACCAAAUUGGCCCGGUUGCUAGGGAGGGUAGAGUCACGCUCUCAAUGGGGCGCGUGUUAAAUUGUGUGUGGAUCACAGAGAGUUGCAUUAGCCUCCACAUGCUGCGAGUCUCCGUGGUGUCAUGCACAGCAAGCCACGUGAUAAGAUGCGUGGAUUGACUGUCUCAGAAGUGAAGGCAACUGAGACUUGUCCUCCGCCACCCGGAUUGAGGUGAGUAACCGUGCCACCAUCAGAAUUGGACAUUCCAAAUUGGGGAGAAAAGGGAAUAAAAAUAAAUAAAUAAAACAGAAAUUAUAAAAAAGAAAGUAAUUAUUAAUAAGUAAUGCAAUUA